UAGGACUUGUGGCUAGGCCCUUCCGAGAUGGUUGGGGUUAAACUUGCCAGGCGCUGCGGGAUGUGGGGGUUAGGGGUACCCACACCUGCGCACUCUAAGGAGUUCUGACCGUGGCUGUGGAAUGCAGUAUACGGUCGAGGGCGACAGUCAUGAUUGGAUGACUGUCAGUCUGGGGUGCACAAGAGGCUGGGCCUCAGGGAUGCAAAAUCACAGCCCCGCGGGGAGUUAGAGAAGCACCGAGGCUGAUAUCAGAAUAAACACGAACAAAGCGAGACGGAGGUAUUGCCAGAGCAGCCCCCAUUCAGCCCCGCGCGGGUCACCUCUCCGACUACUGGGUGGCGGCGGACAGGCUCCCGGCCCACCUCUGCCCCGCCCCGGCCUAGUUGCUCUCUAGCGGUUAACCCUUGCGGGCGCGUUUCCUGGAACGGCUGCCCAGCGCCUCCAGCGCCGAAGGAAGGACUCGGGCCCUCCGCCUCCCCCGGGUCCUGAGUGGGCGCCAGGCGCCGGGAACUGACCGUGGUGCUGAUCGCGCAGCUCUGUAUCGGGCGCGGCUCCCAGACCUGCCAAGACCGCAUACCGCGACACUCCCGGCCUCAGCGCAGCAGUGACACUGCAGCAUGGAGCUGAAGAGAGGAAAGACCUUCAUCAAAUCUAGCCUGCAGAUUGACCAUGAGAAACCUCCAGACCCAGCAGCGACUGCCCUGACCACAGAGGAUGCACUCUCACUGGGAGGGCAGCAGCUGCCCCACAGUGAGAGGGGCCCCCAGGUCAGUCCCAGCACCCAAGGAUACAACAGAUGCUCUGAUCGGGAAGCCCAGCCAGACACCAGUGGAGGGCCUGCAGCUCUCUGUGGGGCCACCUUCAAACUGGUUCGGAAGAGCAAGAAUCACGACAGUGUGCCCAGGGCUGACAGGGCAGCCACAGCUACAGGGCAGCUGGUGGGCAGUGCAAGUUUCCCAGGGACCCCCAGCAGCCAGCGCAUGAUUGACUACCGCCACUUUGUGCCCCAGAUGCCCUUUGUACCAGCUGUGGCCAAGAGCAUCCCAAGGAAGAGGAUUUCCCUGAAACGACCCAAGAAGUGCUUUCGUAACCUAUUCCACAUUCGUAGAAACAAGACUGAGAAUUUGCCCUCAACCAAGGGGGAGGGCUUGUCUUCUCCCGAGGGCCCAUCAGAGACUGGAGGGCAGCGAGGCAUAGCCUUCCUCCCCUUGGGCGAGGAACUGGGCCUGGAUGGCCAGUGCCAGGACCUGUCUGACAGUGAGUUCCUGCCCGACUCUUCCUUUGACCUCUGCAGGGCCCUAUGUGAGGACGUGGCCUCACUGAAGAGCUUUGACUCACUCACAGGCUGUGGGGAGAUCUUUGCAGAUGAGAGCUCAGUGCCAUCCCUGGAGCUGAACGAGGGCCUGGCGAGCCCUGCCCAGAGAUCACAGGCUUCUGACAGCAAGACUUCCAGGGGCCCCUUCCAAGGUAGCAUAGAGCAGCUGGCAUCGCCUGCCCAGCAUGAAAUGUCUGACUUUGCCAAGUUCUGGGACCAUGUGAAUCACUCAGUGAGGCAGCAGCAGCAUGCCCUGCUAGGCCCGUGGCUGGGAGGGCCCCAGGCAUCAGACACAGACCAGCCCAGGCCAGAUGCAGCUAGGCUGGCUGAGCUCCCUCUGUGCCCAUGCAGGGAUCCCCACAGCAGCUCCAAAGCCAGCUCCACAGACACAGGGACCCCCAAGAGUGAGCGGCCGGAGUCUGUGUCCACGAGCGACGAGGGCUACUAUGACUCCUUCUCACCAGGCCUAGAGGAGGACAAGAAGGAGGCCCCGAGCCCAGGCACACCCACAGCCGCCUUCCCCCGGGACAGCUACAGUGGAGACGCCCUCUAUGAGCUCUUCUAUGACCCCGCUGAGGGCCCUGGGAGUCCGAGCCUGGAUGACGACUUGUGCGUGUCCGAGAGUCCAUCGGGGCCGGCACUGGGAGCCCCGUUGUCCAUGUGCAGCUUCCAUGUCGGUGCAGAGGAGAACCUGGCUCCUGUUCCAGGCCCAGACCUACUCAGCCAGGGCUUCUUGCAGAGCUCUUGGAGGGGCAAAGAGUGCCUGCUGAAGCUAUGUGACACUGAGCUUGCCAUCACCAUGGGCAUUAUCAACUGGCUCCGCCGGGGCCCGGAGCUCCGUGCCUUGCCUGCCUCAGCUCUCAGAGAGCCGGCAACUCCCUCAGGAGGACUGGUGGAGAAACCAGGAGCUGGCUCUGAGAAGAUGGGCCUAGGUCCAGUGAAACUGGAUGGCAGGGGGCCCCAGUCUUUAGAUGCAGGUAGAAUCUCUAUGAGCUCUAUACCCAGCAGGAAGGAGCUGUGGGCAUGUUCAGGUCCCAAGGGCCUGCUUGCUGGAGUGAGCAAGGUCCUAGCUGGGGCCAAGCAGGAGACCAAGUCUUCAUCCUGUGACCCCUCUCUGGAGUGUGUACUGGUCUCUGGGGAACGAGGGACACAAGGCCACCCUGAAGGCUCAUUCUCCCCUGUAGGGUCUGCAGCCGCCAUGGGAUCCAACACAUCCAGGAAGAACAAGGUCCCACACCCAUCUGUCUGGCCUGGUUCCCAGGAGCCCAGGCUGCCUAGGAACCUUGGGUGUUUCCAAGGUCCCUGGAGGCCAGGUCCUGGGGGAAGCACCAUGGAUUCAAAACUCACCCUGACAGGCUGUGUGGCCCAGGUGGAAGCCCUACAGAUCAACCCAGACUGCCAGUCCCCUGCUGCUCAGCCCCCAAGACAAAACACAGGUAGUGGGCUCUGUGGGAAGCCUCAGGCCAGGGGCCCUGACAUUCUGCAACAGGAACAGCCUAAUGGCUUCCCUAACCUGGCUGCCAUCUGUGGCCUGCCCUCCCUGGCCAACCCACUCCACAUCCCACAGGACCAGAGAUGCCCAGGCAGCAUUCUGGAUCUGAGUCAGCUCAGGGAGGAGCCCACCACGCUGAAUGUCCAGGCCCAUGUCUCUGUGGAGGACCAGCCCCUGCAGCUCAACUCAAGGGCUAUAGAGCAGGCUGCACAGAGGGGCCAGCUGGACUUGUAGUGUGCCUCUGCCUGGGAUCACUUGCCAGGAAUUCUGGCCCUCACUUCCAACAGCUAGUGAGAGGGUCCCCCCCCUCUGCAAGUGCCCAGAAAACCACUGCAGCUUUUCGGAUCACAAGGGAUCCUCUGCAACCAGCAGGAAGUAGGGGCUACCAGGACAGCAUGACCGAGCCCCAGCUUUGGAACAGUUUUGCAUCCUUGGGAUCACAUUCAGGAGAGUCUAAGACCCAAAUCUCCAUCCUUUGUUCCUGAUGUGAGGACUGGAGGACUGUAUUGGGGGGAAGGGAGUGUCAGUAUUCAGAUAGGAAGAGUGGGGCAUUUUAACAUGGAGGCAUCCGUGCCUAAACCCAACAGCUCUGCCAGAAGAGGUCCUGGGAAGCCCAGGGCCAAGGACAACUGCAAAGCUGCCAGCGCUCUCAAAAUGUUCCUCACCGAUUUCCUCACACACACACACAAAUGAACAGUCUAAACCCAGGUGUCUAAACAGACCUGGGAAUGUUUUGGGGAUGGAAACAGUACAUAUUGUAAAGGGCACAUAUUGUGCUGAUAAGUCUGCACAAGAAUUGAGAGUAAUAAAUGUGAGUGAGGAAUCCGAGACUUGGGUAGAAGCUUGAGACUAGGGGUUAGCUCAAUAGUGUCUACUCACCCCACCUCCAGAAUGAGCAGCCAUAACUUAUGGCUGAAGGGCUGAAGGGCCCUGAAGGGCUAAGGGAAUCAGAAUCAGGACCAGCCAUCUUAGCAAGAGCCUUGAACCAGCAGAUGCCACGCAUUCCUGUGCAACCUUGCCAGGGCUGGCCAGACCCUGGAGACCCUGAACAGUGGGUGUUCCCUGUCACAAAACACCCCAUACAAACAAUGGUUUCCCCCCAUUUGUGCACUCUAACUGAUCUGUGGGUGGCAAGACGCUCUUGGGGAAGAAGCUGUCUGAUCCUCCACACUGCCAUUUCCACCCUCCGUGCUGCCAGCAUCCUAGCUUCCUCUUUCAGGAAGGCUCACUUUUGAAUGAAGCUGUAUCCCCCAACCCCUCAAAAAAAUCACAACAUUUGCACAGCACCAAACAUUCAGAAUCACAAAGGGAAAGAUGGGGCAGGAAGGGCAGGUGUCUGUCUGGCCAGCCUCAGGGCAGCAGACCAACAGCAAGCUCCUUGACGGGGUCUUCUAUGAUUAGAUCCUGCCUCAGGUGCCCUGUUUCGUAGAGGUGAGAGGGGGGAGUAUGCUACAGGCAGUGGAGCUGUUCCUGUUGCAGAAUGUCAGGGCCCCUGGCCUGAGGCUUCCCGCAGAGCCCACUGCCUGUUUCUUGAAGAGUGAUGAGGGAGGGAUUCCAGACAGAGAGAUGUAGUCUGACCACAGGCUGGGGCCACUCCUGAUUGUCCGAGGCCUUGUUUUCAGGCUGGAACAUGCUCUGCAGCUCUCUUUAAUAACUGUUCCCUGGGGCCUGCUAUGGGAGGAUGAGGGCAGCAAAUGGGAGGCUCAAAGGGGCAUGACAAAGCUGCUGAGCAGGCGCAUUGGGACAGGACGCACGGGAGGCCAGGGCCAGCUCCUGGGGGCCACACUCGGCCCUUUGUCCUAGGACUGUCACAAGGACAGCCUUAGGGGCCCUGACAUGAGCAGGUGCUGCAUGUCAGCUGCUUUCCCGGUUUCUUACAUGCAAACCAAGGCCAUGGUGUGGAUGUGACUUGCCCACAUCAUCCUCAGCCAGCAAGUGGGGUCCAGUUCUUAGCAGCCCCCACUGCAAACACCCCUCUCAACGCCUCCAUUCCUUCCUUCUUUCAGGAUACAGAUGUCUGGGGCCUCUGGGUGCCAGGAGUACACCUCCCUGUUACUUUGUACUGCACCUGAGCAGAGCGAGUACCCAGUAAAUA